CUGGUGUAGGCUGCAUCAGAUAUUGUACAAUAAUCUAAUGUAAAGAAACACUGCGUCAGAGAGAUACAUCAACAACUGUAACCAACUGUUUUUCUUCAGGCGACAGUGAAUGUUGAUAUUUCCGGCUGGACUGUCUUGACCAGAAAUCAUAUUGACAUUCUGGAAUAUUUAUUUUUUGCUCAAUGAUAGUGUCUUGUCCCAGCUAGAAGACCCAGAAAAGUUCCACCCCCCCUAGCGGCUCACCUCUCCAUCCUCUGUUCCCUGCCUCUGUGUCUUUGGACCUGGGUAGCCAUGCUGCGGGAGGGGGCCAAGGCCUGGAGCAACGUCUCGGAGGCCUACAGCAGCGACCCUGAAGAGGAGGAGGAGGAGGACAUGGUAUGUGAGGAAGACGAGGACAGAGAGGAAGAGAUGAUGGACCUGAGUGAGCUGCCCACCACCCUGUUCGCCUGCAGUGUCCACGAGGCCGUGUUCGAGGAGGACCGCCACCGGCUACGAAAGGGAAUGCCAUCUAUAAAUAUGAAACUGGAGAUGGUGACCAUCAUCGCCUGCGAGGUAGACACAGAGGUGUUUACGUCCGACAAGCUGCAGGAGAGGUUCGAGGCCCUGUUCAGGAUCUAUGACGAACAGACGUCCUUCCAGAUGUUCAAGAGCUUCAGGCGAGUCCGCAUCAGUUUCAGCACUCCGGAGGCGGCCGCCCGCGCUCGCAUCGAGCUCCAUGAGACUGAGUUCAACGGCAAGCAGCUCAAGCUCUACUUUGCCCAGAUUCAGAAUUCUGGGGAGGAUAUAGACAAGUCGUACCUGGCUCCUCCUGCUCCCGUCAAACAGUUCCUCAUCUCUCCCCCUGCCUCGCCACCCGUGGGCUGGAGCCAGAGCGAAGACGCAACGCCUGUUAUCAACUAUGACCUGCUGUGCGCAGUGGCCAAGCUGGGCCCAGGGGAGAAGUAUGAACUGCAUGCGGGCACUGAGUCAACCCCCAGCGUUGUGGUGCAUGUGUGCGACAGCGAUGCAGAGGAUGACAACGACGAAGCGCGGCCCAAGCAGAAACAGCAGAUUGUCCAAACCCGGCGCCCCGACGGCCCGUCGCAAGUCCUGAACUAGGACGCCCGUUACGGACCCCACUCCUACGACCCCAACACACACACGCACCAAGCCCUGUCUUCUCUGUCUCAGGAGUCGCACAGCAAGACAACGCCCCUCAUUUCAGUUCAACCCAAAACACACAAACAGCAGACAGUUGGUGGUGUUUGUGGAGGGAGCAUGGCUAUUGGAUGGGAUGAGGCGGCCUGGCCUGUAUGGACGAUGGAGGAUGGAUGAGAUUUACACACACUCAUCACACUCAAAGGAAAGGGAGGGAGGGGUGAGGGUGCCUAACUCUUGACCCCUGACCUCGGAUCAGCCAGGGGCAGUAAUGUAACAACUUGUCCUCCUAAAGCAGGCCCCCUGUCAUAGAUUAUACACUCAGCUCUCAUCUGUAGUAGUUCUUCUGUAGUAGUACUUAUUUCCUUCCUGCUUACUGUCACUGGUUAGUUGUGUCACGCAGUGGUCUUUCGGGGACAUGCUAUACCUCUAAUGACGUUUUGAGUUUUUAAACUUUUGUUUUAUAUACAUUUGUUCUUCUGAUUGUUUGUCUGUUCUUCUUCUGCUAUUUAUGAUAUCAGCUGAUUGGUUGUUUCUGCUAACACAGAAUUAGGAUUGGUUGUCUGGUAUUCCUCUUCUUGUCUUCAUGUAUAUAUAAGAACAUACUCCUACAGAGACUCAAACACUAAACUGUUAUAUAAAGCAAAGGAACCUAUGGAGGUCACACUAAUUAGCAACAGGUGGCCAUGUGGUAACAUCAAAGUUGUGGUGGUGUUUGCAUUUUAUUUCAUUUUUGGGGAGGGGUCUGCUUAUGUCCUUUUAAUCAGAGAGGUGUCAAUUGACGUGUUGCUGAACUAGGUGUGCAUUCUUCUUAACAUGUAUUUGAUACCACAAACAAUUGUUUUUUUGCAUGCUUACUAACGUAGUCGGGAGCUGAGGCAUUUUAUACUGGUCAAGAUGACAGGGAAAUGGAAUGAAGCUUUUGACGACACGCAUAUCUCUAGUUUUAUAGUGUCAGGUGAGAGGGGAGAGGCUGGCUGGGUGAGUAAAAAGACAGAGUGAAUGAGACCUUUACAGUGUGAGUAAAAGCCUAAGAGUUGGGCUUUAGGAUAGGAGUAAAAGCCUAAGAGUUGGGCUUUAGGAUAGGAGUAAAAGCCUAAGAGUUGAGCUUUAGGAUACAAGUAAAGCCUAAGAGUUGGGCUUUAGGAUAGGAAUAAAAGCCUAAGAGUUGAGCUUUAGAGUAAAAGUAAAAGCUAAGAGUUGGGCUCUAGAGUAGAAGCAAAAACUAAGAGUUGAGCUUUAGAGUAGAAGUAAAGGCUAAGAGUUGGGCUUUAGAGUAGAAGUAAAGGCUAAGAUUAAUCUCCUACAGGAAUGUUGGCAUUUUCAGAGGGCAUUUAUUUUUAUUCCAUCUUUCCGGUAAUGUUUUGGGGUCUUUUUAUGAUAUCAACACAGCUUUCUUCUUCUCAGACCUAAAUGGCUUGUUUUACACUGAAAAUCUCCCAAUCUCUCAAUCUCUGGAGCUAUACUAAAGGAAUGUCCUGAUUUUCCUCUGUCAGCUCUUAAAAUAUAAGACUGCUUCUUAGUUCUUGCUGUAAAUAGCUCAAUAGUCAUUAGGUGGAAAAAGUCCAUUAGGUUUUAAUGAUUGACAUUAAGCGUUGGUGAGAAAUUGAAAAAGUUUCCUUUGCCACCCAGCCUCUGGAGAUAUAAAAACAAAGCCUUCAUCUCACCUUGCAGUCACAGCACAAACCUUUGGAAACUCAAGAAACUAAAGAGAAAGUUUUUUUUUUUAAAGUUAUUAAAAAUUAGUAUUAUUGUCACAUGAAAUGUGAAGGGUCAGCCAUAGUAGUAAAGCAAAUUACUCUAAUUUGGAAUACUGCUGCAUUAACAGUUGUUACUUUGCUCACAGCAACUCCCAAAUACAAUUAAUAAUUACUUAAUUUACUGUGCUUUUAGUCAUUCAUUUGAAUCCUAUCCUAAAUAUCUCAGGAGUAAAUUUAAGAGUAACUUUUACCAGAAUGAUAGAUGUUUCUCCUGACCAUGCACUUUGAAUAACAACAAGCAUAAAAUGUCAACUAUAAUGUAAUGUGUCUGUUAUUGGUCUGUCUGCAUGCGAGCACUUUAUUGUCAGCAGUCUUUUUUCUUCUCACUGUAAAGGCAGUCUUUUUUCUUCUCACUGUAAAGGCAGUCUUUUUUCUUCUCACUGUAAAGGCAGUCUUUUUUCUUCUCACUGUAAAGGCAGUCUUUUUUCUUCUCACUGUAAAGGCAGUCUUUUUUCUUCUCACUGUAAAGGCAGUCUUUUUUCUUCUCACUGUAAAGGCAGUCUUUUUUUCUUCUCACUGUAAAGGCAGUCUUUUUUCUUCUCAUUUUAGAGCCAGUCUUGCUAGAGAGAAUGUUCUGUAUUUCUUUUGUUAUUUUUUUAAUCUUCUGUUUUUCAAGAUGAACACCUGGGUAGCCUUCUCACUAGCAGAGCAGCGUGAGUUUAACACUCAACAUCUCUUGCUACUGGGGUUUUUGAAGGCUCGGAGGCCUUUGGAUAUAUGUGCAGGAGUGUACCACUGAAUAGGUGUGGUAGGAAGAACAGGAACAUGUGUCUUUUGAGAUGAUGGUUGGUUGCAACCACAGAACAAAGGUGUGUUUUUGUUAGUGUUUGUCCCUGGAACAUAAUUUCAAGUGCAAGCUUUGUCCUUUCAGAGGUGACUUCUAAAAACCAAGCAGCCAGCGAGUGUUGAAACGCAAUGCAAUGGCACAGAAACUUUCUAGUUGUGCUGACUGGUGAUAAUAUUGCUGAUUGAUGACUAAGAUAAUGAUUAUGUUGACGAGGCUGAUCUGAUGUUUUCUACCGACUGCUGUCUCUGAAACUGGGAGCAUUUUGGGUCACAGGCGAAACGAGAAACAUUUAUAGUGAUGUUGUUGCCGACGCCAGUUCCAGUAUGCGGCUAAAAAAAUGUUGGCUUCUAAUUUUAUGUUGAUGUAAAGAUAAAAAAUAAACAAAAAGUUCUGAAAUGCUCGAUCAAAUCAAUUCUUAUUGUGUCGUGUUAAAAACUGACUCAAUGUUGUUUUUUUUGGAACGUCUACAAAGCAAAACGGUCAAUACUGUCCGUUACUGUUGCAUACUGUUCUGUUGAAAUCUGAAUAUUAUGUCUAGUACUGUAGUUAUCCAGAACACGAAGUAGCAAUCAAGCAAUAAUUUACAGUUAUAUACAGGUAUCUGUAUUUUAUGUUGUGUACUAAUUUCCAGAGUUUGUUGUCUCUGACUGUUACAACAGUACUUGCUUAUAUUUGUGUGGUAUGAUGGUCAUUCGUUUCACAUGAGAAAUACAUAAAGAACUAUUCUUAAA